UACACUAGGUCCGGUCAGCUCCUCGCAUCCUGUCACCUUAUCUGGAAGCUAGCAGAGAAUAACAACAGCAACUGACGGAGGAAUAAAACUGAAUGAAAAUAAGUAAAGAAUAAGUGUUAGUCAGUUGUUUUAGUGUCGGUGUUGUUUUGAAGACACAUGACGUCAUCACAGAAAGCCCGGUAUGGGUGCGAAGCGGCGCGUAAAUGGAGAACUGCAGCGCCUCCUGCCCCCUUGUUGAAGCGUGCUGGUGGGGCACCCCAGCCGUGGCCCAUUCACCCCCAUCCUACGGGACUGAUCCACAGGACCCACUGCCCUCCUCCUCCUCAUCUUCCUCUCUUCCACACCCGUCAUGCAGAGGAGAGCGCCGAGCGGCCCCAUCUGGUCACUAUCGUCCGCCCCUGUGGUCAAAGUACACUGCGGAAGUCCAUUGCAGAGGUCUUUCUGAAGGAUUAAAGAUGCAAAUGUCAGUUGGAAAGAGGACAUACAUCAGCCAAAGGGGUGUGGUGUCCUUUGAGCAACUGCUAUUGGAUAUCUCUGAGGCGUUGGGGUUUCCUCGGUGGCACAGAGCCAGAGUCACACGCUUGUACACGUCUUAUGCCCAAGAGGUUAAGGGUGUGUGUGACUUCUUCCGUGGUGAGGUGGCCUUCGUGGCGUUGGGGAAAGCUCGUCCAGAGCUGAGCAGUGUGCAGGAGGCGCUGGAGGAGCUGUUUCCUGAACAUUCCAGUUACCGAGCUGACGCGCUGCUGGUCUGGGAAAAGAAACUCCGGCCAGCACCAGAUAAAGCAGCUAAAGCCGACAGUGGAUACAGUGAGGGGACAGACAGCAGCGGGACACACGAUGAUACAAACAGACAUAUCAAGAAUCAGACUAAUACACACACUCCUCACCUUGCAGACACACACCAGACGGAAAAUCGUAAUUUAGACACUCAGAAGUCACAUAAAAAGAAUACAUGCAGAAAACCUGCUCACCUUCCCAACCACCUGCAGAAACUCCGGGUGAGGGGUGGGGUCAGAGAGCCACAGCCUUCCGUCAUUGGUCCAUUUAAACACGAGGAAGGUCUCAGAGAAGCGGACAUAUCCUCGCCUACACUGUGUGAAAACUGCUUGGCAAGAAGAGCUAAACAUCAGGGUCCAGAACGGAUCAAUCCACUAACUGGGAGGGUCCCACUUCCUCCUGUGUUGAGGAAGCAAAAAGGAAGUUCACCUGUAGUGGAGGAAGUAAGAAAAUUGGACAUUAAUAUCAGCCCUCCACCUCCUCACCCAAUCAGCAGAGAGGAGGAGAGGAGUCUUCCCCAGUUACAACAAUUAAAUCCACUUCCUGGAGUGGGUGCAGAGAGGACAACCAUUGACCUUCCCUUAGAUGGCAGUGAAGUCACUCUGUCAGAUAUCGAGCGUUGCUAUGAAAUUGGACGUGUGGUUGGAGAUGGGAACUUUGCAGUGGUGCGAGAGUGCCGCCGUCGUGACAACAGACAAACCCUCGCUGUGAAGAUUGUGGAACGCUCCAAACUAAUUGGUCGAGAGCACAUGAUGCAGAAUGAGCUGAGCCUUCUGGGUAGCCUGUGUCACCCUCGCAUAGUGCGUCUUUUGGCGCACCAUCACACACGCACUCACUCCUACCUGGUCAUGGAGUUGGUGAGUGGGGGGGAUCUGUUUGAGGCCAUCAGUGAGAGGGGGAAGUUUUCAGAGGCAGAGGCAGGACUGAUGGUGUCAGAUGUGAGUGAAGCGCUGAAUUACAUCCACUGCAAAAGCAUCGUCCACCGAGACCUCAAACCAGAGAACCUACUAAUAGAGCGUGUUGCUGCUGGCAUCUGUAGGCUGAAGCUGGGAGACUUUGGUCUGGCCAUGGUUGUGACUGAGCCAGUCUUCACUAUAUGUGGCACACCCACGUAUGUUGCUCCAGAGAUUCUCUCUGAAACAGGUUAUGGGAUAGCGGUGGACGUAUGGGCGCUGGGUGUUAUUCUCUACAUCCUGCUGUGUGGCUUCCCCCCAUUUCGCAGUCGAGAUCGGGACCAGGAAGAACUGUUCCAGCUAAUAAAACAAGGACAACUCCACUUCCUGCCCCCCUAUUGGGACCCCAUCUCAGAGGAAGCCAGAUGCCUUGUUCGAGCACUGCUUCAGUCAGAUCCCACAGUGCGGCUGACAGCAGAGCAGACCCUGCUGCAUCCUUGGGUGAAGGCUAUGGCUUCAAUCAGCAGGCAGAGGGCGCUCGCAGACAAACCUGAGAACAACACGGGAGAUGCUGGAGCAGAACCAGAGAGAGUCCAGAGACCAGCUCAGAUCAACGCAACAGAAGCAACAACAGACAAAAGACACACCAGCAACGAGGGAGUGCUCACACGCAAAGUGGAGCACAGCAGAAACGAUGAGAGACAAGCUAAGAUGAGCGCAGGAAGAGGACAAGAAGAGGAGAAACCACCACAGCAACUAUCAGCAGAGACAAGUACAAUCCAGAGCAUAUCUCCACAGAAACCUGAGUGCUGCUCUACAGACUCUGGCUCACUCAGGAAGCGAGUUAUUGAGCAUUCAGGUCUGAAUCUGUCAAACACAGACUGUGACUCCAUCAGCCCAACCAGCCUGAAUCAGUUAAACGCCCCUGCAGCCCAAACAGAACCCCCAUCCCCGAUCGAGACACACCAAUCAACACAAAACAGCCUACAGCAAACACCUAAUUUAAAACUUCCAACCGACACAGAACCACGAACCACAGCGGGUCACUCAACGCAACACCAGCCAUCCUCCCACCCAGCAGCAGCUCCUUCAACUCACUCCCUCCAUCAGCAGAACUUCACCUCUACCCUGCACGACCCUACCAUGACCACCGCCCAAAACCACCCAGCCGAAAACCGUGACGAUCUGACCACUGACACCACAAUCGACCACCCGCAUGCACCCGCACAGCCACGGCCUCACUGACGACCUCCUGUCUGACUGUGUGAUUAGAUCAGGGUCAUCACUUUCAUUGUUCCGGACAAUACCGCUGAUUUCUUGGCAGCUGAAUCCUUGAAUGACCUGCAGAUGAUGUGAUUUACUCUCUAGCAAUUGAAUAGCAUCUGAUUGAUUGAGGCUAGAUAAAUCUCAUAAAUGUGUGUAAUCCAUUUACCCUGCAAUCAUGGAUUGAUGAAGAGAUGUUAUGUAAUGGCCAAGGUAUGUGUGCGUCUAGGAGGAUGUGAUAAGAAGUAGCAAAUCAAUGAGCAAAAAACCUGUGCGGAAAUUAACAGUAUAGAGUUAAUCAUGUAGGACUCAAAUUGGAUAGAAACAUAUUUCCGGUUUGUCAUUGUUUCUAAUGUUGUGGUGUAUUAAUUAAAACACUUUAGUAGUAAAUUUCUUAACUUUCUUUGUUUUGAUUGUCCCUCUGUUUGUUUCUGCUAACUAUGUGUGGAUAUGAUAUGUUAUCAUGCCUGUCAGUGGUAUCUAUUUUUGAUUACUUGUAUGCCAACACUGACCUCUUUAAUACUCCAAGAAGUCUGUUCCUCGAAGUCUGUCUCAUUUAUCAAGCAGCGUUUCCUUACUAUACAUUCGAAAACUAAAAAUAUCUGCUCCAAGAACUUUUUCAUUUUAAUUCCAGUAAAUGUUUGUGUUUAUGCAACACAUUUUGUACUGGCCUGAAACUACAGCUGAUUUGAAAUAAUAUUCCUGGCGCUGCAAUUAUCAUUAUGAGGCUAUAUUUGGACAAAUUAAUGAGAUCGGGAGGCUGACAAUGGGAAUUAUCCAGCGUUCAGGACACAGUGUGUGACCACAUACAGCUACUGAGUGAACUGUGUGUACAUAGCUGAGGGUGGUAUGGCUCCCUUGCCAUUCCACACAGACCAAAUAAGGCAUAUCUAUCUGUCCAGUGGGAGUGGUUAGUUGUGUCCCUGCAGAUUGCAGACAGCUGACACUCUGACAUCCUGCCCCACCUACCCCAAUACACAACCCCCCUCUCUUCUGUACUCAGCAACCCUCACAGCCCUUGAAGCUUACUAAGCCACAUAUCUGGGGCAUUGAGGGGAUGAAAAAGCUUAUAAAUGCUUCUGACCUAUUACCUGUGCCGGAGGCAGUUAGUACCUUCUUCGAUCACCUUAUUUUUCUGUCUGAAUUAUUAAUGCAUUCUUAACCUACACACACCAACACAGGGUCUCCUGGAACCAGUUGAACCACUUUGAUAGACAGCUGCCACAGAACCAUCAACAGUGUGUCAGCAUACCAGAGCAGUAGAAACAGAGAAGUGUUAUAAAGGUGUUAUACAUAUGUGUGUGUGGCUCAUAAACAUUACAAAUGUAUAGAGGAUGCGUCCUCUGGUGGAGUGGCCUAAAUUUGUCGCAUAUCAGGUUUUGGUCACCUUUCAAGUCCUGCCAUACCCUGACCCGCAGGUGCUCACUACGCAUGCGCCGUUAAAAACUCUUUAAAUACCCCAAGUCAUCUGCCACAACAAAACAUUCCGCUGUCAGCCAAGUCACAGCUGAGCUGAAGUACUUACUGGCACCCAGAUAGAGGCAGAAUAUUUACUUUUAAAAACGCAACUUGCGUAAUUAGAUCGAGAAGCUGCCUGAGUAAUAACGAAUUUGACCCGGAGUCGUUAAGGCUGUGCAGGGUGAAAGUCGGGGGAGACGGACAGGGGGGAGAGAGAGAGAAAAAAAAAAACAAAGAUGGCUGUGUAGCCAGAGAGACGAGUCCCAGCAGAAGUGUCUGUAGCCGCGGCUGUAAUAUCACCGACACGUCCCGGAUAGUCAGCCGGUAACCGGAGCAGGGACGGUAGACGAGCAGCCGUAAACUGGGCCGCCGCCGGUGCACAUCGAUGUAAUCUGCUGUCACUGCGAAUAACGGCGUCGAGAGCACAACAACAACAGCUGAGAGACGCCUGAGUUGUUUUUGUUCUGCCUGCAGA